AUGGUAGCUCCUGCUUACAUCGAAAACUCCUACGUUGAUCAUGCCUUGUCCGCAAAUUUGGAUUCCACUUUUGCGUUUGAAGGCCCUGAAAAAUUGCUCGAAGUCUGGUUCUGGCCCUCUCCCAAAGAUAUUCCAUCGUCUGUGACUUCCGAAGGUUUGAAAGCGAUCCCCUUAGAGAAAUGGGUUUCGAUUUUGGAUUUAGUCAACUGUAAGAUUUUAUCUAUGAAGUCCACUCCUGCGGUUGAUGCAUACUUGUUGUCCGAACUGUCUCUCUUUGUGUUCCCGCACAAGAUGAUUUUGAAAACUUGCGGUACAACCACAACUUUGGCAGCUUUAGACGAAAUGUUUGACAUUGCUAGGGAAUAUUGUACCGUGAACGGAAUGCCCACCAAGAUCGACUCGAAGCUGGUCGAGAAGGUGUUCUACUCCAGAAGAUCGUUCAUGUUCCCGGAGAAGCAAAAGCAUGUACACAAAGACUGGAAAAGCGAGGUUGAAUUGCUCAACAAGCACUUUGUUGCAGGAAAGCUGUAUGUCGUGGGCGAUUUCACCUCCGAUGAUCACUGGUACUUGUACACCGGUGGAUCUGGCAGCGGAAGGUCCGCUUUUGGCACAAGCCGUGAUCAAACAUUUGAAAUCUUGAUGACUCGUUUGGAUCCCAACAAGGCAGAAAUGUUUUCCUUGGAGCGUGUUCCGGGACCAGAAUCUGUGGUCGAUGCAGACCAUGAUUUGGGCCACGAAUUUGGCGAGACUAUCAUGCGUUCCACUGGCUUAAACAGCAUCUUUGAUGAGAAAAAGACCAAUGUUGUACCUGUCGGACGGAGCAUUAUGCCUUCACCAGAAUUGAGCGACAACAUGGAAUUAAGCGACGACGAGAAUGAAGAAAAGCCGCCUUUAGAGUUUCUCCACGAUGCUUUUGCCUUUUCGCCUUGCGGUUUCUCGUCCAACUCAGUCUCGUCCGAUCAAGACGGCUACUACUAUACGCUCCACAUCACACCUGAAUGUGGAUGGUCGUACGCAUCGUUCGAAACCAACUAUCCAUUUUCGUCGAAGUCUAACGUUAGUGUCACCGAUGUUUUGUUGCGAGUCUUAGCCAUUUUCUCUCCAGGGAGAUUUUCCAUGACUAUGAUCACCGAUGUGGCUUCUCAUGGUUUAUCGCUGCUGGAAAUCGCCAACCACGAAAGCUUGUUAGAAUUAUCCAAGUGUGAUGGCGCUUUGGCCAAGUUGGGCUACAAGAAGCACGAAAAAGUCAUCUACGAUUUGAAGGGCGAGCACAAUUUGUUAUACUUGAACUUCGAGAAGCAAUGA